GCUGCGGCCGCCGCGCGAGGCCCAGCGCGGGCUGGUGGCUCCUAUGAGCAGGCGCGGGCGCUGCUCCCCCGCCGCCACCUCGGUGCUGAGGGGCCUGGUCGGCUCGGCCUUCCUCUGCCUGGCCAGGGCCAUGAGCCUGUGCCGAGCCCCGCCGAGCUGCGGGGCGGGGCCCUCGGGCGGCGGCUCCUCCUCCGCCCGCCUGAGCCCCCCGUGGCUGCGGCUGCCGCAGGUGCCGGGCGCCGACCCCUGCCGAACCAACGACCUCUUGCUGCUGCUGCCGCCGGAGCAGCCGCCGCCGCCUCGGCACCAUGUCGUCUAUUUCCCGGGGGACGUGCAGAACUAUCGUGACGUUAUGGCCUGCCAUCCAGAAAACUUUCAAUGGGAGUGCUGGAGUUUAGAAAACAUUGCUACUAUACUCGCUCGCCGAUUCCCUAAUAGUUAUGUUUGGGUUGUAAAAUGUUCCCGUAUGCAUCUGCACAAAUUUAGCUGCUAUGAUAAUUUUGUGGCAAGUAAUUUGUUUGGAGCACCAGAACACAGCAGUGACUUUGGAGCUUUCACACACCUUCAUGCGUUGCUAGUUAAUGCAUUCAGUAUCACCCAGAACAUUUUGCUGUCCCAAAAGAGUAUGUAUAAUUUCAACAAGGAUGAAACGAUAGCUGUUUGUAAAUCAAAAUCUGUUCCUACUACAAAUGGCUGUCCAGCAUCACAGAGAGAGAGAAAUUGGGAAUAUUCUGAUAAUUCUGCUAUGAGUUUUGGUACACCAUCUGUUAUAGGUGAAGCAUCAUUUACUUUGAUUGGCUUCAGUAAAGGUUGUGUGGUUUUGAACCAGCUGCUUUAUGAGUUAAAAGAAGCGAAAAAGGACAAGAACACAGAUGCCUUUAUAAAAAAUAUAAAAGCAUUUUACUGGCUGGAUGGUGGUCACUCUGGAGGAAGCAAUACUUGGGUUACUGAUCCUGAAGUGUUGAAAGAAUUUGCAGAGACAGGGAUUGCAGUUCAUGCUCAUGUUACACCUUACCAAGUGUUUGAUACAAUGAGGUCAUGGAUUGGGAAGGAGCACAAGAAAUUUGUGCAGAUUCUUGAAGAAUUUGGUGUGCAAGUAAAUAAACUGCUUCAUUUUGCAGAUGAAGUCCCUUCCUUAGAUAACCACUUCAGAAUUCAUGAAGUAUUUUGAGACUUUGAAUACACAUCUGUGUACUGUAUUCUUUGCAAAAGCACUUUUGACAUUAAAAGUCUUGUAAUGUUGACUUACAAUUUGUUUUGCGCAGACGGUCUCUAAAGAAAAGUAUUAAAUCCAUUAUAAUGUGUUAAUCUGUAUAUAUAUAAAUUCAUGUGGUUUAAGAAGGGGCUUGGCAAAAGAGCCUAGAUGCUUGUGCUGAUAUUCCUAUAGCAAGAGAGAUCGUAUGACUCUUGGAAAAAAGUAACUGUCCAUAUAUAGAUAUAUUUUUUAACAUAACAGAUGGACGUUUUUGUGUAAAAUGUUUGUAUUUAAUCUGAAACUGAUUUCUGUGGCCAAAAUUUUCAACCCUGCUGCCUGAAGUUAGGCUCCUAAGUCAUAUAUUGCUGUCAGUAGGAGUUGUAGGUGCUCGGUACCUCUGAAUGUCAGGCCACUUUUAUUGGGAAACCUAAUUUUGACCUCUGCCAGUAGAAAACAGCAAUCUUUAAGCUUUUUGGCAUAAAGGAAAAAAUGAUAGUUGGAACAGUCUUGGUUAUAUACUUCAAUGCAAAUUGUACUAUCUGGAUAGUUUAAGUCUGCUAGUUUUGUAACUUUUCCUAAAUGAAGCAAAAGUACAAAUGACAUUUACUUUUGGAAUAAUGGUGCCAAUCUAUUCUUCCUAAUAGCCCCAGAAAAGGCAAGGUGCUUAUGAAAGUUCCAUUAAUUAAUUGCUAACCAUCUGCCAUCACGUAGCUUUUCAUUUGGGGACUAGAGAAUAUUAAACAUGUAGGUAUAAUUUUUAAAAUGACCAAGAAUGCUCUUUAGUGUUUAGUUUACUACUGUUUCAACAUUCCCUAUUCAUAUUGAGGCUUGACUAACUUAUACAACUCGUAUGCUUUGAUUAUAACAGUUACCUGUGAGGUGUGUCAAUCCAUUUGUAUCUGAAACUGUUGGGCCCUUUUUGAAAUCUGUAACAAAUUUCUGUUAAUCUAAAUCAAGCCAUGAGAUCUAUUGUAUGCUGGUAUAUAUUGCAAGUUAUAUGGUAAAUUCUAGAACAUGUUCUUAAUUUCACAAGAAUUUUGAAAGAUCAGUUUGUAGAACCAUGAUCGUUUGUAGUAUACUGCACACACAAAAAAGCUAUACAGCUUUAUUUUCAGAAGCAUAAUUUUCUAUGCAAUUUUUUUCUGACCAAAGUGCAAAACUAGAUAAGUACAAAGGAUGCUGUCAGCUAGUUUAGGCACAAAAGUUGAAUGUAUUUCAAAACUACUACAAGAUGGGUGAGAGAGAGAAUCUGUUGCCUUACAAGUCUUUUUCAUAUUUAUCCAGGUGAUAAAUGAAUCUUGGCUUGGAAAAUCAUAACCCUAAAGAUAGCCACAGCUGUUGAACCAAUAGUUGUUUGAAAAAAUAUUUUUGUCUAGAAGUGUGUAAAACAAUUGUUACAGCAACCCUUGGUUGUGAAGAUGGAACUACCAAAAGUUAGUGUCGGUCUACUUUGAAAAGAGAAUGUACAAAUUGCACCAUACUCAACUCGUUCCUUACUCGGGGUUAUAUCUGCUUGCUUAGUGACAGUUUUUAAUUUGUCCUCCUUUUAGCUCUACAAUGCUGAAAGAGGGAGCUGGAUUCUUUUUUCCUCAUGCAUCAUCACACAAUUGUUUAAUUCCACUCAGCUACCCCUGUGCAAGAACACUGGAGGUUAAAUGGAUGUCACAAACAUAAUUUGGCAUGGACGUAUCUUACUGAUGGUGGUGUGCAAGAAUGAAAAAUCCAAGCUAGACUCUACAGAAAUCUUUUUUACUUGUCAACUUAGCACAAUUGAUAGGGAAGCAAGUGAAAAACAUUGCACACUAAAUACCAUGUUUUACAGAGCCAUUUUUCAGAGUAAAACUAUCUGUUAAGGUUAAAUCAACUUAGAUGGGCUUAAAUGUUUGCUCAUGAGUGAACAAAAAAAUUAGUCUAUUCAGUAAUUAUACAUUAAAGUGCUUUAAACAAUGGAGAAAAUUAUAGCAUAUAAUAUGUAAAAUGAAUUCAUAAUCAUUAAACUUUCCACAAAGAUGUGAUCUCCAGCUUCUGCUGCUGUUCAAGUUUCAUUGGAAGCUUUAGCCAACACUACCCAUUGACUAUCUUUUCAAUACAUUUUUAAUAACCUUUCUUUAUAUACACAUUCCAAAAUAAGAGUGCUACCAGGGGUAAUCCUCUAACUACACACGAAGUGGGAAUCAGGGUUUUUCUAUUUGAAAUAUAUGCUUUAAAGACAACAAAGCACACAUUUUGUGGACUGUUUAAUCAAAAUCUACUAAUUGAAAGGUCUUAAGCAAAUCAUCCACGCUUAGACUGAAAAAUACAUCUUAUGCCCCUUACUGGUGGGGGUGUGUGUGUGUGUGUGUAAUGAAAAAUCUUUUCCAAAGUUGUGCAGAUACUAAUCUUGGUACACAAAGAAAAGAGAAUUGUCUAUUCUGUAAUAGGCACAUUUCAAAACAAUAUUCCGUCCUAGCCAAAGUGGAAAGUUUCACUUUUAAGAGGAUAUUACAAACCUGCGAGAAGAGCUAUUUAUACUGGUUGGCAGUGCCCUCAAGGUUUCUGGAUGCUUGUCCUAAGGAAAUCUGAAUCAUCAGUACAACAGAAGUGGCUUACAAUAGCCAGUACAUUUGAUCAUAUUAUAGUUUCCAUUUUACUUUGAAGAUAAAUGUUCUUCUAAAAUGUGUUUCCAUCUUUAAGAGUGGUUCUUGUUCUAAGAUUUGCUACUUGUCUCUUUUUUAAUUUGAAAUAUUUUGGCUGUUUUUUCACUUUCUUUAGCCAGUUGCAGUGGUCUAUUGGACUGUGCCUCUGUCAUUCACUUCAGUGCAUGCUAAAAAUAUGUGCAGACAACGUGGAAAGUAAUUAAAUAUUUUUAUGGGGGAAACCACCUCAGUGUGAAUGUAAAACUAACUAUUAAACAAGGAAUCUGCAGUUAA